CGACCUCCACCCCCGUGCGCCGCGUGUCAACUACCGUGGAGCACCUCGUCGCGGGAACUGUAGGGGGGGUUAGCGGUGCGCUGGUGUCUUACCCUCUCGACACGGUCAGAGUAAGGAUGCAAACGUGCGGGAAAAGCUUGGGCGUGGCGCGAACGGCGUCCAUGCUCUUCCAGGAGGCGGGCGUGGCGGGGUUCUACCGGGGGGUCUUGUCGCCGAUGGUUGGGACGGGUAUCAUCAAGGCGGCCGUGUUUGGCGGGUACGGGUUGUGCCAGGCGUUGGUCCGGAGAGGCACGGGGAAAGACAACGAAGAGCUAAACCUUGUGGACCUCGGGGUUGCCGCCAUGGGCUCCGGGCUUGUUGGGUCCUUUGUGGUGACUCCGGUGGAGCGCAUCAAAGUGGUGAUGCAGGCGGCGCUGUCAUCGGCCCCUUCUUCUUCGUCUCCUUUAGCUGCAAGAGCGGGAGGGGGGUACGCGAAUGCUUGGGGUUGCGCAAGGGGCCUCGUGGCUGAGCGCGGCUUGCGGAGGGGGCUGUACGCGGGGCUGGGCCCGACGCUUCUUCGAGAGGUGCCGGGCUACGCAUUCUACUUUGCAACCUACGAGGCAUGCAAACGGGUCCUGCUUGGUAAGGGGUCAGGGGAAGACUCCUCCCGCGGGCCCGUGCUGUUGAAGACGGCCGUGUCUGGGGCUUUGGCCGGGAUCGCUGCCUGGCUGCCGAUCUACCCCGCGGACGUGGUGAAGAGCCGCAUGCAGAGCGCGGGGGCCUCCGGCGCGGGCAUGAUUUCUACCGCCUCCGUGAUGUGGAAAACCGAGGGGCUCGCGCCGUUCUACCGGGGGCUGUCGCCGACGAUAGUGCGGGCGAUGGUGAACCACGCGGCGACUUUCCUGGUCUACGAGGCAUCGAUGAGCGUCAUCAUGAGAAGAGGGAGGAGCGGCGACGUGGACUCAUCGGAAGAGAAGGAUCGGAGUUAAAAGGAGGAGAACAGAUAUAGAGGAAGGGUGUGUGUGAUGAGUUUGAGCAAGGAGAAAAGCUGUAGAGGAAGGGUAUGAAUUAUGAGCGAGGCUGUAGAAGAAGGGUAUGAUGAAGUUAGAGCGAAGAGAAUGGCUAAGAAGGGCAUGAUGAAGUUGGAGCGAGGAGAACAGAAUAGGUGAAGGGUAUGAUGAAGUGAGUGCAAGGAGCACAGCUAGAGGAACGGUAUGAUGAACAACCUUUGUGCGUGUGUGUUUUUAGGGGAGAUGGGGGGAUGUUUCGCGGAGACAUCAUCGUCUGAUCUCUAUCAACAACCUUAUUGCACUGCGUUGGCUGCCCAGUUGCUGUUUUCCGGUUUGCUGUCGAGGCGUGCCGAGGGUUGGGACGAGGCACGAGCAUGGCUUGAAAGUCCUUGUCCACAGCGUCACGGUCGACCAAGAAAAAAGAAAGCUAGGAGAGUCAUCGGCACGUGAACCCGCGCCCUUUUCCGAUAGUUUGUCAAGCCUUGACUUCCUUUUCGCGUCAGUGGCGGCGCUUUUGGCGAUGAGCUUUGUCUUAAGGGAGUUGGACACGAAAGGGGUUGCAAUUCCUGCUCUCUUCCUAUGGCUUCGUAUCAGCUUGAGUGUCAACAAGGCCUACGGCAGCAGCCGCCCGCUGGGGAGAAACGUUAAUUUCUGGUCAGGCCUCAACUUCGUGUUGCAUUGGACCCGUAGUUGAGUUGUGUUUCUGAGCACUCGUGUUUAUUCGUGAAGAUUUUGUCCUCUGUUUCUCGAACGGGAUGUUUGCUCCAACAUAUGUUGUCCAUGCCGGCUACCCUCUCUUGCGACCACUUGUCGGAUAAUCUGUGCUGAUGAAGUUAACUUUUUCAUCAGAUUUGGAAGGAUUUUUUCUCUAGGCGAAAUGAAACGGUCGACGUGUUGCUCCGUGAUUUUCUCCUCGCCUGUUGGGCGAAGAGUAUUCUUCGGGUGAGAGUAUUGGGUUUGGGUUGGAGGCACUGCAGCAGAUGGAGCGGAACUCAGGUUGGAACUUUCAAACUUGGGUGCUUGGAAAUAUUUCCUGUCGCACCUCAAGCACCGCAUGUUUUUCUCUCUUGUUUGUAUCGCUUGGGAAUAAACAUUGUGUCGGUACUUGGUCCCGUUCAAUGUCACAAGAGGUUGCUUACAACGUGUCACUAUGGCUUUGGUUCAAGUCAUUUUGACGCCAGUAUCGAAUCAAGUUUUGGUGUGGUGAAGAGAUUAAGAUUUAGUUCCAAGUCACAUGAUUUCUUGGCAUUAGUUCAAAUCACUUGGAGUUAGUAUGACAUCGAAUUUUGUUCCUGGUGCGUUCCACAAGGUUGGGUACAGGGAGACCCUUUCAUCGCCCUGUUUCAAUCCACUUGGAGGUAUGAGGUCAAGCGUUAGCCUGUUGCUAAAACGCACAAGACAUCGUGUCCCCAGUCGCACGAUGUUCUGGCUCUGGUUCAAAGAUUCUCCUUAGCAGCGUACAGCUAGAAGUUUUUUGUGGUGCCUUUGCUGACGCAAAUCAUAGGAUUUCGGCGAAGGCUACUUCUUCUAUCACCGUAGUUCUUGAAUCACUUGGAGUUGCCAUGGUGUGGCACCCUGCGUUUGGUGCCCAUCCACACCGGCCGCUAAGCAAGGGAAGCCUCGGGCGAUUGUGGCGCCGCUGGGGAGGAGUAAGUCUGUCGGGGGGUCAACUCCUUGGGACUGUGAAGGCUUGAGCGAGAAUAGAGUUGACAACUAAUACGUGUGUUCUCUAUGGUAGCGAUUCCCGUUGUGAUUGGGGGUGACAAAAUCCUCUUAGACCUUAGAAUGAGCCCAGCUGAUGUGCACGUACGGGGGCGGGGCGUACAGGCGCUAUGCCCCAGGUUGUGUUGUUUCGCCAGACAGCUUGCGGCAACGUUCGGUGCUAGUGUGGAUACCGUUGUUGAAUGUUGCUGUGAUGAUGUUCCUGUUGCAUCUGUCUCGGUUUUUUCCACAGAGAGGGCGAUG